AGAUUCCUACUAGCGAAGAUUGCGUAUUUUCGGUGAGCACAAAGGAGAAAGAACAUUGUCGAAAAGAUGUGAAUUAGUGUUGCAUAGAUGUCAGUGCCUGGUGACCUCAGAGACUCCGAUUCGGGAAAAACACAAUAGAGCUUGAGCCUAGAGCCACUAUAGAUCUAGAGCUCUGGUGAAAGGGAUCUAACUUCGGAUCUAACGGUGAAAAUGGCAGACGUAGAAGACAUCAUGUGUGACCAAUGCAUAUUAACUUCGGAGUUUAAUGUGCAAUUCAACAACGAAACUCCGUAUUUGGUAGUCCCCACAAGCAAACUCUGGCUGGCCAUCGACGUCCUGGCUCGUGUCCUCCUACCCCCCGUCUCGACCUUCUACUACGCCAUCCUCAGGAACCCCCCACAGACCGUCCUCAGUAACGUGCGCCACCAGAUCCUCCCGACCUUGGUCGCCUUCCUCGCCAACAACGUCUCCAAGUCCCUGGCCUCCGUCCAGAAGAUGUCGCUGCCGAUGACCUUGCGCAUCGCCAAGGACGAAGAUGGGCGGAGUCGGGCGUUCAUCGACGAUGGUGGGGAGGAAUGUGGGCGGGGCCAAGCGGCUAUCUUGGACAGUGGUGGGGAGGAUGUUGCGGAGAGGUGUGUGGAGUGCGUGGUGUUGUCGCAACCGGAAGGGGAUGUUUUGGUGGAUGUGAUUUUCAUUCAUGGAUUGCACGGAGGGAUCGACAGGACUUGGAAGCAAGGCACUUGGAGAACACAAAGUCACAAACUCAUCAAUCAAUCACCAGUGAGACGACCAUCCACAGGCGAUCUUUUUGUACCCCCUACCGAUCGUUCCCUAAAACGCACUCUUAGCGGCAUGUACUCCAAGAUCCCGAAAAAGAUAGCCAGGAAACACCGAAAUUUCGAUAAUCUGCGAGAGAAAAAUUUGGAAACCGAAGAAAACACGGCAAACUCCGAGGAAUAUAGUGAGUGUUGGCCCAGAGAUUGGAUACCAAAAGAUUGUCCCAAUGCCAGAGUGAUAGCUGUGAAUUAUUCUACUGAUGUACUUUGGUGCCCUACCUGGUUGAAGAAAAGAAAAAGAACUGGUUUGGUGGCAAGAAGUCAAGAAAUGCUCCAAGAACUAGUGAAAAUAAAUGUGGGGAAGAGGCCAAUUGUAUGGGUAGGUCAUUCAAAAGGAGGACUUUUCAUCAAGCAAAUAAUGAUAAAUGCUUGGGAAAACAAUGAAGACAAUUUCAAGGAUAUAUUCAGACAGUCCAAGGGUAUUAUGUGGUACAGUGUACCACACAGAGGGUCUACUCUGGCAGACUGUGCCUUCCCAUUAUUAAGAAGAAGUAUAGAAGUAUUGGAAGUACAAAAAAAUUGUGAUUUUGUGUUGGAUCUUCACAAAAAAUUUCUUGAUGUAAUUGAAAAAGAAGAUUUGCAGAUUGAUAUCUUCAGUUUCAUAGAAACUGCCUUCACACUGAUGUCUUUCAUCUAUAUAAAAAUCGUAGCCUAUGAUUCUGCUGAUCCAAAUAUAGGAAUAAAAUGUGAUGUUCCACUGGACCAUAGGGAAAUAUGUAAACCUGCUGGAAGGGAUUGCUUUUUAUAUUCAGAAUUAAUCAAAAUAGUGAACAAAAAUGUAUCAAUAAUAGGUAUAGAUCAAUAGAUUUAGAUUUGUUUUUU